AUGUCGACAGUUCUGCUAGCAGUUAUUGCGGUCAUCUUGUGUGUACUUUUCAGAAUAUUGAAUGUUAAUAGUCAGCCCCAAAAACCUGUGAUCUACGGAAGAGAUCGAAGUUUUAUUGAAAACAUUCUCUUUAUUUCACCAUUUCUAAAUGAACCAUACAUACCGACUCGUCUAUGGGGCUUCAGUGGACAUGUGCAGACAAUUCUACACAGUCUAAUUGGACGUGUCCGUUGCCCCUGGCCCAUAGGCGGACGAGUGUCGCUAGUGCUGCCCGACAAAUCUACCCUCACCUACGACCUCUAUGAACCGGUUGGAAACGAACAUGAAGAUGACGUGACGGUCGCGAUCUGUCCCGGCAUCGGUAACACAUCGGAGAGCGUGUACAUACGAACCUACGUACACUAUUCGCAAUGCCACGGCUACAGAUGCGCCGUGCUGAACCACAUUGGAGCUCUCAAUAGCGUACCAGUCACCGGCAAUCGGAUCUUUUCAUACGGGCACACAGAUGACUACAACUAUAUGGUAGAGAAUCUUUUGGACCGAUACCCCAACACGAAACUAAUUCUAGUCGGAUUUAGUCUGGGUGGCAACCUGAUAUCUAAGUACUUAGGAGAGGACAGGAAGAGGCCCGCGAAUAUCAUUGGUGGAAUCUCAAUAUGCCAGGGCUACAAUGCUAUUGACACGAUGGUGUACCUCCUGCAAUGGCAGAACUUCCGUCGUUUCUACCUGUACAUAAUGACGGACAACUAUCGUAACAUUAUCACACGACACAGGAGAAUGCUGCUGAGCCCUGAAAUGAAGAACAGAUACGCUUUAGAUGAGAAGCAGAUCGUCUCCGCUGGUACAUUGCCUGAUCUCGAUGAAGCUUAUUCUAGGAAAGUGUACGGCUUCGAAUCGGUGGCUGAUCUCUACAAAUGGAGUUCCUCUGCUUUCUAUCUCCACAAUAUUAAGACCCCAAUGAUUUUCGUCAAUGCUCGCGAUGACCCCAUCGUACCAGAACCCCUAUUGCCUAUUGUCAGGGAAUUUGUUAGCUCGCACGAUAAGGCAAUGUAUCUCGAACUGGCUCACGGCGGACACUUGGGUUUUUACGAAGGAGGUUUGGUAUACGCCAAUCCCGUCAACUGGCUGGACCGCGCCCUCGUCGGACUUGCCGGAGGUUUGCUCAUGGCACAUAACAAGUGCUCACAUAAAGACGUCGCCGCCUCCGUCGAUUAUAUACCCUCAGAAGAUCAGAACGAACCAGAUCUCAUCAAAUCAGCCACCAUUGUCUACCGUGAUCCAUUAGAAAAGGCACCCCAGUUGGCAUAUUAG